UCUCUCUCCACAAAAAAAAACUGUACAUUCGAAGCCCAAAAGAACUCAUUAAAGAGAGAAAGUGAACAGAAAAAAAAAUGGUGAAUGAUUUCAUGGUGUGUGUAGACAAAAUCAUAGCGUCUGCACCUUGUUAUGAGUCUUCUUCAGUGAGUGAAGUUGCACAACCCAACUCAGCUGCUGCUGCCACAACUGGGGAUACUAAUGCUGUUCUUUCUAUGAAGAAAGCAAGUGGUGGUGGUGAUAAUGGUGGAAAACUAAUAGAAGAAGAAGAAGGGAAAAAAGGGUAUUGUUCAAAGAAGAUGAAAGAGAUAGUGGAGUGUAGGAUAUGUCAAGAGGAAGAUGAUUUCCUUUCUCUGGAAGCUCCUUGUGCUUGCAGUGGCACUCUAAAGUUUGCGCACAGGAAGUGCAUUCAAAGAUGGUGCAACAAGAAAGGUGACAUAACUUGCGAAAUAUGCAAACAGGAUUUUUCACCAAAUUAUUCUCUGCCUCCGACCAGAAGCAAUCCUGACCUUCUGGCAAUCGAUAUAAGGCAAGCUUGGAGCCCGCGUAUCGAUCUCCGUGACUCACACCUUCUAGUGUUAACUGCUUCUCAAAGCCAGCUACUCCAAUCAGAGUACGAAGAUUAUGUUGCUGCAAAUAGCAGUAGCCUUGCCUGUCUUCGUGUGGUUGCUCUUAUUUUGAUUAUCAUCUUGCUCUUACGCCAAGUCCUUAUGUUGACAAGAGAUUCUGGCAUGAUCCAGGAGUCAUCUACUUUGAUUAAUUUUCAGGUUUUGGUUCUCCAAUUUGCUGGCUUUCUUCUUCCAUGCUAUGUGGUGGCUCGCACAUGGUAUUUACAAAGUCAAAGGAGGAGACAGGGUUAAAGGAGGCUGUUGGGUUGCUUGACAAGCAAGUUAUUUUGUUUUUGUAAAUUGCAGAAGGCAAUUUCCCAAGUUGUAAUGAAUGAAAGUGUGGCUUUGUAUCUCUGAAUU